GCAGGGUGGCUUUGGGCAUGUCUUCCUAGAUUUUACUUUGACACAGCUACUGAGGGAAUUUCCAGAGGGAACUCCUCCCUAGCCACCUCUCUGCAGACAACUUGGACUUGGGGCUCAUGGAAGAGUCCUUGAAUGCCCUCUCACCCGGGGAGGGUGUGCUGGUCAGCAAGAUCAAGAAUAUGGCCCUCACAGAGCAGAGCCUGGCGCUGGAUACCAUCUGCUACUUCCUGGAGGAGCACAGUCAGCUUGGGGAAAAGCGUCAGGCACCAGACACAGAUGCCUCCAUGCAGAAGCUCCUGGAGUCCCUCAGCCUGCACCCCCAGAAGACUGCUGAAGAGGCCUUCCUCUUCCACCUCUACGGACUGAUCCUGUGUGCGUGUUCCAAGGUGGAUCAGGUGCAGUGCCACGUGCCCAGCCUCCUGGAGCUGUCCCACCGGUCCUCCAGGCAGCGGGAGGGCAUUGCGCUGGCAGUUGCCUUGGCCUCCACCCAGCACAUGCAGGAGGUAUGGGCCAUGCCGGAGGACCUGGGCCUCACCAAGUUCUUGAGUUCAGCCUUCAUGUCUCCAGACAGCCAGGACGAUGUCCUGAAGUCCAGCUUCCUCUCUGCAGCAGUCCUGCUUACCAGAGCGCUCCAGGAAGAGUAUGGCUCCCACAAGUACAAGUUCAUUCAGAUACCAGAGCUCAUCCAGUGUCUUCUGUGCAUCCUCCAGAAGGAGCCCAACACCCUGAGCACAUUCUUCCGGCAGAAGGUCAUGCUGGUCAUCAUGGGCCUGAGCAACCUGCGGCCCAGGCUCAAACCCCUGCUCAAGUCGCAGAUCCUGCAGACCUGCUUGCGCAGCGUGUAUGCUCUUCCCUCCAUUGAGGCCUUGAAGAAGGACCUGUCUCCAUAGGAGUUGGCCCCAGAUGUCAUGAUGCUGUACAAGAAGACAGUGCGUGCCCUGGACCUGCUGCAUCAGAACUUCAUCUCUGAGAAUCCCAGCAUGGAUGAGGUCUGCUUCCUCCUGCAACACACAGAGCACUGGAUGAAAUCAGACAAGAGUCACGAGUGCAGUCGGGCAGUGCAGUCCAUCUUCCUGCUCCUGCAGUACAUGGUGAACUCUCUGAAGCUUGCUAAAGAGGCUGCGCCGUCCAGGCUGGGCCACCAGAUAGGCCUGCUGACUCUGCUGUGGCGGGACAAAGAGGAGGCCACGCAACAGUAUCCCCAAUGCUCUGUCUUCCUCCUCCUCCAGCUUGUGGUCCAGCAGAAGGGUGAGUGGAGCAGGUUGGUGGAAUCUACGAACUAGAAUAAGAUGAGGUACUUGGAAGACACAACAUCCAGAGAGUGGGAGAUGAAGGUCUACCGCAUAGUGAAGGCCUUCAAGGAUGACCUGACAGUGGUACAGCACACACAGCUGGUCCUUACGCUGGUGUACAGCCUAGGUAGCUACAACCAUCUCCGCUGUGACCUGGCUGUCCAGCUCCUGCUGAUGGUCUGCCAGGACCCUGGGCUCAGGAAGGAGCAGGUAGCUGAGAUCCUUCAGUGCCUAUUCCAGGAGCUGCCCAGUGUCCACUUCAGGGACAUCCUGCAGACCAUAAGUCAGGCCACUUUGGCUCUGGGGAUCCAGCAUAGCCAGGAGGUGGUUGAGGUGGUCCUGUCCCAGUGUCCGCCCUCAGAGAGGUGGAUCCUACUAUUGUGGAAGGCCCUGGCUGCCAACUACCACGUGGCCCGUGAGGUCGUGGCCCUGCUCUACAUGAUGCUGAAGCUGCGGCCCCCCAGGAGGCUCAUCCAAUCCACUUAUCCGUCUCGGCUGGUCUCCCUGAGGGCCCUGAGCACCAUCUAUGAGCUCCUUUGCACCCAGGAGUACAGGGACGCAGUCUGCUGGGCCUUUUCGGGGAUCCUCCUGGGCCUCCUCACAGAGCUGCAUUACCUAUUGGAGCUGGGCCCGGUGGAGGACAUCUCUGACUACCAGGAAGAUAAUCUGGCCCCUAAACCUCUGGGGCCCUUCAGAACCUGUCUGGAAGCCCUCAAGGGCCUCUUCUGGACCAACCGGUACUGGGAGGUAUUUGCCCACAUCAAGCUGAUCCACAGCUGGGAGCUCUUUGAACACCUGGAAACCUACAUAAAGGGGGUGAUCAUCUUGGCCAGGGCCAUAGUCCACUACAGCUGCUAGAUCAAGGCUGUCUUAGGGCAGGCUAUCCUCUCCUUGAAGAGCAAGGGGGAACGAGACAACAUCGUGGCCAUCCUCAUCAUCACAGAGUUUCUCAACAGCCCAGAGACCUCCUAGUGCGUGUCUUAGAAGGACCUAAACAACCCCCUGAGCCUGGGCCUUUGCAGUCACAAUGAGUUGGUGCAGGCCAUGAGCCUGAAGGGACUGGGAAACACCCUGAUGCACCCUAAGAAGGUAACCCUGCUGCACAGUCAGCUGCUGAGCCUGUUGGACAGUUUCCUGCAGCCUGAGCUCAAGGACCCUGAGGACCUGAUGGAGAUUCUGGGUGACCUCCUGCGCUGCCUGGGCAUCCAGGGCAUCAGUGCCAUCAGUCUCAAGUUUGCUCAACACUUGCUGAGCCUGUUUAAGGAUGAGAGGGAGAAGGUUUGAGAAGGUGCCAUCUUCCUGUUUGGGGAUGUCAUCCACAGUGGUGGUAAAAAUCUCCCGCAGGCACUCAGCCUGCUCUUCCACAUGGCUGACCCAUGCCCAGAAGUAGUCAAGAAGGCCAAGUUCACCUUCCUGCGAUGCGCCAUCCUACUGAAGUGGGAGCUUUGGAAGGAGCUGUUCAGUAGGCUGGCGUGGGGCCAAGGACUGGGUGCUGAGAAUGACAUUUUCAUCUACAUGCUAGAAAGCAACUUUGGCAAUUACCAACAGUUUCUCAGGCAGGCUUUGACCUACCUAGACAGCCCCCAGAAGCCCCUGAAGCUGGUAGCCAUGAAGUCCAUUGGGGGAUUGCUUCAGGAUUAUUUCAAUGACCUCUGAUUCUACCUGAAGAAGGAUGACGUGAUAAUCCUUAAGAACUGCUUGGAGAUCCUCAGCCAGGACCUGGACUCCAUGGCCCACAGGUUCUACCUGAGCUCCUGGGAUGACGUCAUAGAACUAUCUAACUACGUGACUGCCUGA